GCGCUGGAGACUGACAGCAGAAGGAAUCCUGGCAGGUCUGUCCUGUUUGAUCAUAGAAACCUUACCGAGGAGCUACCAAGAGUGAUUUCUAUCAGUCACAAACACCUCAUGACUCAAAGAGCUUUCUUCAAGGUGAGAGACGUCUUCCAUAAGUUACAUUGUGUGAAGGUUCUGAGCAUAACGGGUGCCACCAGCUGUUAGUCUGGGGCUCACUCCUGCGCUGGUAUCUCGCUGUGCCCUCCAACCCCUGGACACUGGUCUUGGUUUUGAGAUAUUAUGUCAAAGGUAUUGUCUGUCUCUGUUGUUGUCUCGCAGCAAUUUUCUGCAACUGUUAAUUUCUCCAAACUGUUGUAUAAUCCUGGUCAGUCAGAUGACCCACAGUAUGCCAUGAGCUGUCUUGAAGAUAUUUUCAGUAAGUUGUGUAACUGUAUUGUUGUUGUACCAAAGAAAACAGUCUUUACCAUGUGAAAACCUGAACUGCUCUUUUUGUGCUUAAAAAAAAAACCGUGAAAGAAAAGAAAAAACACUACAAAUUCAAUAAGCACAUCAAACUGUCUAUAGAAUAUUCCUAUAAACAUUUUCUAAAAACUGUGGUCAUCACUGGAAAUAGUAACUUGCAAGAUUCAGUACACUGACAGUAACUGCAAAUUAAGACAACUCCACUCAAAAAGCAAGCUAGCGGCUUUCCAAAAUGCACCAGGAAUGUGGUAUACAACCAUGUCAUUGGACUCGAACUGUAUUUUUCUCUGAGCACAGUAUUACAGUUCUUCUUAAUAAUGUAAGGAGGAUGAUUCCAGAAGGUUCUUCUUGCAAAACAAUACAUGUAGUCCAAAUAUCAUGUAAGAAUUUACUUCAACACAGAAAGAAAACCACACCACUCAUCCUUACCCUAGAACUGUACAGAACAUCCUUAAGUGCUUACGAAGUACUCUGGAAGAACAUUCUGUCUUGAAAUAACUGUUUGCAGAACUGACUCUUCACAGGAUUGAUCCCAGUCCUUCAACCUCCCUAUAUUAAUCCAAAACAAACUCCGUGUGGGCCAGGGUUCACCAAAUGGAAAUGGACUUUACCUAACCAAUAAAUGUAAAAUUUAUCAGUGCAUCUUUCUCCCAGGAAAGAAUAACUGAGGUUAAAUAUUUAUGCAUUUGUGUUUAAAAAGCCCUUUCUCCUACAGGCUUGCAAGCAUUUUUUUUUGGCUUUGUAUACUUCCAUAGACUGUAUUGGGUGAGGAGGAUGCUCUGCUGCUGUUGGCUUCCUGACAGUUUCCAGUGUCAUUACCAUGUCAGCCCCUUUCUUUCUGGGGAAAGUUAUUGACAUUAUUUAUACAAAUCCCAGUGAAGAUUUCACCGACAGCCUGACCAGCCUGUGUGCCUUGCUGAGUGGAAUCUUUCUAUGUGGUGCUGCUGCUAAUGCUACUCGUGUCUACCUCAUGCAGACUGCAGGACAAAGAAUUGUGAAACGUUUGAGAGCAACCAUGUUCUCCUCUAUUCUGAAGCAAGAAAUUGCUUUCUUUGACAAGACCAGAACGGGAGAGCUGAUAAACCGCUUAUCUUCAGAUGCAGCCCUCUUGGGCCGUUCAGUGACUGAAAACCUUUCAGAUGGGCUCAGGGCAGGAUCGCAAGUAUCUGUGGGGGUUGGAAUGAUGUUUUUUGUGUCUCCUAGCCUUGCUGCAUUUGUUCUGAGCGUUGUGCCACCCUUGGCUGUCCUGGCCGUGAUUUAUGGAAGGUACUUGAGAAAACUUACUAAAAUGACCCAAGAUUCUCUUGCAGAAGCAACACAGUUAGCUGAAGAGCGUAUUGGAAACAUAAGAACAGUUCGAGCUUUUGGGCAUGAAGUGGCUGAAAUGGGGAAAUAUACAAAGAAAGUUGAUUACGUGCUACAGCUGGCUAAGAAAGAGGCACUCGCUCGGGCAGGCUUCUUUGGAGCAAGUGGCCUUUCUGGAAACUUAAUUGUCCUCUCAGUCUUAUACAAAGGAGGAUUACUAAUGGGCAGUGCCUACAUGACAGUUGGUGAACUCUCAUCUUUCCUAAUGUAUGCUUUCUGGGUUGGAAUAAGCAUUGGAGGUCUAAGUUCCUUUUAUUCUGAGCUAAUGAAAGGACUGGGUGCUGGUGGACGUCUAUGGGAACUUAUUGAAAGGAAGCCCCAGCUUCCAUUUAAUGAGGGAGUCACAUUGGGCAAAGACACAUUCAGAGGUGCUUUGGAAUUCAAGGACGUUGAGUUUGCAUAUCCAACACGUCCAGAAACAUCAAUUUUCAAAGAUUUUAGCCUUUCCAUUCCAGCUGGCUCUGUUAUGGCUCUGGUUGGCUCAAGUGGUACAGGGAAAUCGACUAUUGUAUCCCUUCUGCUGAGGCUGUAUGAUCCUAUCUCAGGUACUAUCACCGUUGAUGGCUUUGAUAUCCGUCAGUUAAAUCCACUGUGGUUCAGAACAAAGAUUGGAACAGUGAGUCAGGAACCAAUUCUGUUCUCCUGUUCCAUUGCUGAAAAUAUUGCCUAUGGUGCAGAGGAUCCUUCUACAGUGACUGCAGAGGAGAUUCACAAAGUUGCUGAAAUAGCUAAUGCUGCUAGUUUUAUCAGAGAUUUUCCAAAGGGGUUCGACACACUAGUUGGAGAAAAAGGCGUUUUGCUUUCAGGUGGACAGAAGCAACGAAUUGCAAUAGCUCGAGCUUUGCUCAAGAAUCCUAAAAUUCUUCUGUUAGAUGAAGCAACAAGUGCUUUGGAUGCUGAGAAUGAGUACCUAGUGCAGGAAGCUCUGGACCGGCUGAUGGAAGGGAGGACAGUCCUAAUAAUUGCUCAUCGUCUGUCGACUAUUCAGAAUGCUGAUUUUGUUGCAGUCCUUGGUGAGGGCAAAAUUCUUGAAUGUGGAAAACAUGAUGAACUACUUGCAAAUCCAAAUGGACUUUUCAGGAAACUAAUGCAGAAACAAGCUUUUCUUCAGAAUAGUGAUGCUUUUGCAUUAGAUUUACAAUCCAUAGAAAAGGGCUCAUUAAAAGAAAAUGUAUGAGAGAAUGUGUGAAUAAUGGAAGCUUACAAACUACAAAGAAUAUAACUUAUGUUUCAGUUAUGUAAAGUAAAUGUUAUAUUUUUCCAAAAUGUACAAAAUAUUCUUUUGAAACUUAAAUGUGUUUAAACUUUUUAUUGAAAGCUUUUUAAUAAUUAUUGCAACUUUUUAAAUUGUCUGUCACAUUGAGACAAUUUCAACGUAUAGAUUUUUCUGCUUUUUGUUGAGACCAUUUAGAAUCUUGUUUGCUGUAAUGCACUGUAUGUUGGUGUGCUGCAUUCCAUAUUUUAAGGGUAAUUAAAUGACAAUCUUAUCAUUUUCAUAUCAUUCUCUUCCCUUUUCAAGGAACAUUUGAUUUCUAUGCUUGUCAGUCAUCUUAAAAUGCACGACACUAAUGUACUCUGAAAUUUCUGACUUCGCCGCUGCACUGUCCUUCCAGUUACCAUUUUGUUCUCAAAUGUGAAAGUUGGUUAUGAUCCCCAUCUACAGUCGCUGUGGAGAAUUACACGAGUACACAUUUUAGAGUUGGAGGAUGAGUAGCAUGAGUUGGAGGAAAGUUCUUUAAAACAAAACCCCAACAACAAAUAACAAAAAAAAAAAAAAGUAACCAAACAAAAAACCUACCUGACUUUACAUAUAAGGACAAAGGAAGUGUAUUAGUAUAUUGUCAGCAUAGGAAACUCUAAAAUUUGCAUGCAUUUUCUUCCCUUCCCCAUUUUCCCAGUUCUUUAGUUUCACUUCUUUUCUAAGUGGAUGUCCAAAAAACCACUCUUACAUAUACAAGUUUUUGUCCUUUCCUAAGGCAUGUGUAAGAUUUUUAUUGUUACUUAAGUUUUCAUUGAUAGAAAUCCCAAGUUUUGCCUAACUGCUUUAUUAGGGACAACUACUAAACUGCCUUCUCAAGAACAGCUAGUAAAGUAAUAGCAUUACAUUAAUCUGAAUAACUGCAGGAGGGUACAUUUGGCAGGAAAGAGUAGGCUUUAUGUUUCUAAUUUAAGAAUCUCUUCCAAUAGAAUCUCUCCAGAGUUUCUGGAAAUGCAAAAACCCACCAGGUAAUAUAAAAAAAAAAAAAAGCUAGACACUUUCUGGGUCACAUUAAAACUAAUCUGUGCUAGGAAAACUUUAUUGGCAAUAGGUGAGAUAUAUGCUGCUGCGCAAGCUAAAAAUGUUUCUCUAAUGUGCCAUUUAUGGCAUUUUGUGGCACAUAGUGAAAAUGCUAAAGAGAUCCCUGUGCUAAGGAAUGAAAAUAAAAUCACACCCACAUGUAAUUUUAUCUUCUGAUAAUAGUUUUACUAGAAGCAGAUACUGUGCUAAAGAUAUGCCAGAAACACCACUGACCCAAUGUUCUCUUUCGGUGUUGACUACCAAGUAUUCUCUUUAGAAUGCGUUUAGAGGGGCUCAGACUUUAAUCCUUACUCAUGUAAUGUCUCCUUACAUGAGAUGCAAUGAGCCUUUUGAUUCAUGUGUAACACAGGUUACAGGAAUUACUUGCAGCUGAACUGAAUGACUGGUUUAUGGCUUUUUUUCUGGCUGUUUUAUGUCUUUUGUUCAUUAGUUGUUCUGGCAGGCAUUGCAAUCCACAGAAAAGUGUGAAAAGCUUCAGAAAAGCUCUAGUCCAUAGCAAGGUGAGUGUCCGUCAUAACAGGUACACUGGAUAACAGACUUUGUUCAGUUCAGAGCCACUCAGUAUUCCGUGGAACAAACCACAGACCUCAACAAGGUGAGAAAACACAGUUUUGUAGUCAUCUGCAAGUAGAAAGCUUUGAUGGACAGCUUCAGAUUUGUGAUUUACACAUGUACAAUAUAUGUGGUGUGUGCACGUGGCAUGCUCUAUGCUUCCACAGCAGCGCUAGUCAACUCUGAAUAUGGUUUAAUUUUGAACUGUAGCUAGCUUAGUGAGGAAAAAGGUGU